UGAAAUUCGGAGACAGCCACACCACACGAAACGAAACGAAGAGGAUAAGCAAACCAACAACCGUAAAGUAACCUCUCUUGAAAAAACACUCCACCUUUCUACCGUUUGUCUCCGCUCUCUCUGCAAAAUUUUAUUAUGGCAACGCACUUUCCUACCCUGCCGAUUCUUGACCAUCUAGCCGAUUUCGCCUGAAUGGAGACACGGAGGCUUGCCAUCCUCUGCUCCCAUCUCCGCCCCAUACCUCCUCGUGCCACCCCUUUUUCCCCUUUUAACUGCCUUUCUGACGACAAGGGGAUUCUGCAAAACGACUGCGUUUUCUGCAAGAUUAUUCUCGGGGACUCCCCGGCUUUUAAGCUUUAUGAAGAUGAUACGUGCCUGUGUAUUUUGGAUACAAAUCCGCUGAGUUAUGGGCACUCUCUUAUUAUCCCAAAGUCUCAUUUUUCUUCCUUGGAAGCCACUCCUCCAUCUGUGGUUGCAGCUAUGUGUUCAAAGGUACCUUUUAUUGGCAACGCAAUCAUGAAAGCCACUGAUUCCAAUUCUUUCAAUUUAUUGGUUAAUAAUGGUGCAGCUGCAGGCCAAGUAAUAUUUCACACACACAUCCAUAUAAUACCUCGUAAGGCACGUGAUUGCUUAUGGACCACCGAGAGUUUACGGAGGAGACCCUUAAAUUUCGACCAUAGAGCUUCUCAACUCGUUAAUUGUGUUCGAGAACAGUUAUCAAACAAUUCUGAAGAUGGGAAGGAUCAAGAAUCUAGUCUCUCUUGAAAUUAGAAGGACUAUGAAUCUUUUCUGCAGUAUUUUAAGUAUACAACGUGAGCCUGUAACAUAUGUGUAUAGUCCCAUUCAUUUGAGUAGGCACCUUGCACUUGCAAUGGUUUGCUGUACUCUUUAAAUGGGAAGGAAUUUGAUUUAGUACCCAAAAGUACUUUUAUUUAAAAAAAAUUAGAAGAAAAAACUUCUAUGGACAUUUCAUCCAUAGAGAUACAGAAGCGUGAGCAAUGUUCGGCAUUUUAGCUGCACUCAAGACAAUAAGUAUUUUAUAUUGGAAAAACAGAUGCCCUUUGUUAUAA